AUCAUUUUAUUUCUUAUAAUUAUGUACGUUGGUUUUGUGACAGCCGGUGUGGUGUUCUUUUUGUGCGGCGCACUUUGUGGCUAACGAUGCUUAUGGUAGUUAGAGUGUAGUUUGCUAUGGAGCGGACAGUUUAUUGGUUUGUGUGUUGUGGUUUUGUUGUUGACGGUGUUGUGGUUUUGAGUGCUGUACUUUGUGUCAGAUGAGCUACUGGUUUCUGUGUUUUGGUUUUGCGGCUGACGGUGUUGUGCUUAUUUUUGCACUGUACUUUCUUGUUGACGAAGUGUGGGUUUGUCGCUGACGGUAUUGUGUCUUACGGUAUGUUUGAUUAAGUGCUAUGGCUUUAUGGCUGACGAUGUGGUGAUUUGUUGGCGGUGGGUUUGUGGUUGACGGUAUUGUGCAUUUUAUUCAAUGGCUGUGUUUCUGAAGGUGUGGAAGUUUUUGAUCGCUGGCUUUGUGGCCGACGUUGUGCUGGUUUGUAUGCGAUGUGCUUUGUGCUUGACAGUUUGAUGGUUUGUGCGUGGAGGCUAUGUGAAUGACGAUUUAGUGUUUUGUGUGCUGUGGUUUUGUGAUAGACGUUGUAGAAAUUAUUACAGACAGGCCGAGUGAUGUAUACCAGAUACAGGAGUGACUACACCCCACAUUACAGAUACAGUUAUCCAAGAUAUGGCUACGGGACAUCAUACAGUUACGAUACAUCCCCGUACUAUGACGACUUCUACUACAGUUACGGUAGAAGAAGACCAUAUUACUGGGAAAGAGAGAGAGAAAUGUACAAUAACUGGAGGAGAAACAGACCUGAACGUAGACCAAGAACUCCUUCUCCAGAUCCACCGCCUCCGCCACCCAAACCGGAAGUCCCGAAAGAGGAACUGGUGAAGGAACUACAUGUGAAAGGAAUUGACCUUCACAUUACAGAAAACACAGAGAAACAUAGAACGGACGAGUACGAAUGUACAAAGGGGAAGAUAAAGCCGGCGGAACUGGUUUUACGACGGGGACAAAGUUUCAAAAUGACUGUGACAUUUGAUAGGCCGUACAGCAAACCAAAAAACGACUUACAACUUUGCUUCUCAUUAGGGGAACACCCUACAGGAUCAGGAGGAACUAAAGUUCAGUUUACAAUUGACGAAUCUGGAAAGGAAAAGUUUAAACCGGAUGAAUGGGGUGCAACCUGGCAAGGCAGUUCUGAAAACAACAUCACAGCUAUGGUACAUGUACCUGCAAACUGUAUCAUAGGGGAGUGGAAUUUUUAUGUGAAGACAAUUUCUGAAGGAAAGGACAAGGAUGGGGAGAAGAAAAAACUGGAAAGUCGAAAUUUUGAGCUUGAUUAUGACAUCACCAUUAUCUUUAACCCAUGGUGCAAAGAGGACGGUGUAUAUAUGGCUACAGAAAAUCUGCUCGAUGAAUAUGUCUUGAAUGAAAGUAGUGCAGUUUGGACCGGGAAUCAUCAUCAACCAUGGGCAAAACCAUGGAAUUUUGGACAGUUUCAAGAUGGUAUCCUCGAAAUUGCGCUGCACGUUGUCAGAAGUGGAUUUAGACCCGACAUGUUGAAACCAAUGUCAGAUCCUGUCAGAGUCAGCAGAAUAAUCGCAAAAAUGGUUAAUUCGUCGGACGACAAUGGAGUUUUAUCAGGAAGAUGGGACGACGAAUACGGUGACGGCACACCACCUGGGCACUGGACAGGAAGUGUAAAAAUCUUAAAGCAAUGGUUUGAGAGCGGCCCCGUCAGGUACGGGCAGUGUUGGGUGUUUUCCGGUGUAACUACAACAGUUUGCAGGGCCCUUGGGAUUCCAUGUAGAUCAGUAACAAACUUCUCCUCAGCGCACGACACUAACCAGACCAACUGCAUCGAGAAAUAUUUCCAACCAGGUGAUGACAUUAACGAUAGUGGAUCUGACUCUAUAUGGAAUUUCCAUGUGUGGAAUGAGGCUUGGAUGGCCCGACCUAACCUACAAGAUGAAUUUCCGUACGGCUGGCAAGUUAUUGAUGCAACGCCACAGGAAAGAAGCGAAGGCGUUUAUACAUGUGGUCCUUGUCCAGUCGCCGCAGUAAGAAAAGGCCUUUGCAGAACAGAGUUUGAUUCAGCCUUUGUCUUCUCAGAAGUUAAUGCUGAUGAAGUGCAUUGGCGCAUGCUUCCUAACGGACGUUAUGAACUAAUGAAAGUACUCAAAGAUGAAAUAGGUAAGAAAAUCAGUACUAAAACACCGACUGGAGAACCAUUUGAAUACCCUCAUGAAGCUGAUUUUUAUCAAAAGGAAAGAUAUGGAAAUGAAAAUCGUCUAGAUCUUACUCUGGAGUAUAAACCACAAGAAGGUACGGAAGAAGAACGAGAGUCGGUUUUGAACGCACUCCGAACGGCCUUCAAGCCUUUACCUGCAAAUUACGUCGAAAGGGAAAAGGCCAAGCUUGUAAAAUUCAAACUAGAACAGGACAGUUAUGCUAUGAUAGGAGGUAAAAUGGAUAUAAAGGUGACAGCAAAGAACACUGGAACAGAUGUGAGAAAGAUAAUUGUGGCCGUCAUAGCGGUAUACCCAGAAUCGUACACAGGACAUCACGGGAAAAUAUUACAUCGUAAAAAAUUUGACGGAGCCAUUUUGAAAAAGGGAGAAGAGAAAGUCUUUAAAACAGUUCUAGAACCAAAAGAAUAUAUGGGUCACCUCGACGAACAGAGCAAUGUGAGUGUUGUGGCCACAGCUUCUGUUGAACGUGUCGGUGACGAGGACUACGUGUAUAGAAAAGAGCAUAUUGUCAGAUUUAGACGUCCAGAUCUUGAAGUCAAGGGCCCGAAAGAAGCGACUGAUGGAGAAAUGGUCACUUUCAAUGUCAGUUUCACCAAUCCACUGGACCAACCACUGACAGGGUGUAACAUCUCAAUGGAAAGUAUUGGUUUUAAGGAUUUUGAUAACAAACCAUGCGAAAAAAAUAUUGACGCUAAAGGGAUUUAUGAAGAAACGUUUGAAAUGAAAGCACUGAAACCAAAGAGAUAUGCAGCUGUGUACUUUACGUUCGAAUGCGAAGAAAUUAAGAACAUCACAGGAAUGGCAGUGAUACGGAUUCAUAAACAGCCAUGAGGCUUAUUGUCUACAGGGCCAGAAUGUGAUGUUUUAUAUAUUGUUUACAUUGUGAUUUUUUUACAAGAAGCAGUUCUGUGUACAUGACAAAAAAAUCUGACUUUAAAGUUAAGGAAUAUAGUUUAGUUAGGUCUAUAUGUAUUUUAGAGUUCUUUUGUAACGAACUAACAAUGUCUUAUGUUUAUCGCUUUCUAUAGUCUAUUACCUCACUGAGGCGACCGCGGUGUUAUAGUAGGUUUAGCACAUCUGCCUGUAUUUAAGUCACUUUGUCAAUGGUAGUGCUAUGUUCCUUAUAUAUUCUUUUCCCAGUUUUAUGUUACUCACUAUAAGUGUGCGUAUUAAUGCAAAAGUAGACAGAAGAGUUUAAGUUUAGAGUCUUUGUGUAACUCUUUCAGUUCUGUUAGAAUUUGUAAUACACUGUUUGCUUAGUUUAUAUUUUCAGCUUAAUGCAAAUAGGUGAUCAAUUGAGAGGGCUUUUUCGCCCGCCGUCAGUCUGUCCAUCUACCGUCGUCUGUUUAUUUCAUUUUUGUGACCGCUUUCUUAUGAUUAAAAGGAUGUUAAUCCUUAAAAGGAUCUGAAAUUAGUUUGAAGACAGGUAUCAAAAUUCUGUGACAGCCUGACCUCAGGCAAGGAAGGAAUAUAGUAUAAAAUUGAUUUAUCAUAGAGGAUCACAGUGCCAAGCUGCAAGCCUGGGUAAAGAAAUAAUAAUUAAGUAAUUGAAUAAAACAUGCGGGCUGAUCUUUGCCUAUACUGUUCACUAUUCAGUCAGUAAAUUUUCAGUCAACAACCCUUUUAAUAAUAAGUGACACUGUCCAAAUUGAAUGAUGGGCUAGUCCAUUUUAGAAAUUAAGCAGGGUAAAGGUAAAAAUGUUCUUGUUAACACAUUUUACGUUGCAUUAAUUUUCUACAGUUUAAUCUGUAACAAGAUCAUAUAAUGUGUAUAGUCAUAAUGUUAUAAGAUUACUUUUGUACGACGGUAAUUACCGCCCUGGGCCCGUAUUCAUAAAGCUCCUAAGGAGAAAACUUAGAGAAAUCCUUAACUUUGUAAAAUUUCCUCAACAAUAUAGCACAAAAGAAAAGUGUAGACUAUAUAAGAUUUAUUGAUAAUCUUCAUUACUAUGCCAGACUGUAUGAGACAAUAUUGUUAGACAUUCCAAAUAUCUGGACGAUUGUCCACAAAAUGCUUUGGAACUUAAUUUAGUCCUAAGUUUGUCCCUUAGGGAAACUUAGGAGCUUUAUGAAUACGGUCCCUGGAGUUUUUAAAAGUUACCUGAUUUCGCAUAUACACAUGUGCGAGACAUUAUGCCUUUAGCAAUCUUCACAAAACUUACAUCUUACAUGGAAAUCGCGGUUUAAUUCGAUUUCGUACAAAAUGGCAGUAAUAACAAAGUUAUGAUGAUGAAGUUGGAUAGGAUUUUCCUAUCUCACACUGACGUAAAAUAUUUGAGCACUGACCGGGACUCAAACCUAGGACAUCUUCGACCUAUAUCGGACACUUCCAGGUUGCUAAAAAAGCUAGCUGUAAAGCUGUAAAGCAAGUCACUAUAAAUGCACUUUUAAACUCUGCUAAAUUACUUAGAUACCACAGUAACCCACAAGCUUAAUUAAACUUGCACAAAACGAUCUGUUCAAAAAAAUAUUUUGUAAAGAUCAAUUCUCAAGUAAGUCAAAGAAUGAACAAUAUUGCUGAAAAAUACUCGUGUAGUAUUAAAACCUAGCUCCCUAGAAUUAUUCAAAAUCAACUGCCUUGAGUCAUUCAAAAUUAACUCGCAUUGGCUUCGCCAAAAACAUUUAAGCUAUAGCCCCAUAUAGGAAAAAUUAUCAUAUUUAGCAUUGUUACAGGACUCCUCUGAAAUGCCAGUCCAUUGUUUAUAGUGUAUGACCAGUACAAAGUUCAACGCCAUAUUUUGUUUGGCUAAAUUCGAAACAUAAAAAGAUAACUAUUUGAAAAAGUAUUUAAAGGCUUGUCGAUCAUAGUCAAAAGUAUUGACAGUCAUUCUGACCUCGGGCAAUAGUUUAUACUAUUGACCUGCAAGUGAUUCAAUAAGCGUAUACUGUUAACACAUAUUAUGUCACCUGUUUAGAAUAGUUUACACAUAUAUUACAAAGAAAAAUCAUAAUUGUCAGAAAUACUGAGACAAGUUUUAUAAAAGACAAAUGACAUCAAAAAUAAGUCAGUAAAAGACCAGCCAUAUUUUACACAGUUUAUACAUUAAUGACUUCAUUUCCGGAAAAAAUCUAAAGGAACUUACAAGAAAAUGUAUGUAUUUUGUCACAAGUAUAUUUACAUCUUCAGAAGCGUACUUGUGGAUCUGUCUGGGUGAGCAAAAUAAGAUCAUUAUGAUCCUCCUGUUUGCACAAACGUAUAUCGAUGCAAAAGAAGGGCUAAAAUUCAUUGUAUUUAUAUUCUUAAACACUUCGAGAGUUUUUGUAUAAUAUACAUCUGUGAUAAAUUUCAGCAAAUCAAUCAUAUGUGCCAUAUUUAACAUUUUCACUUUCUUUCUUGAUGUAAUAAAAAUAUUUAAAACAAUCGCA